GCACGGGCGGGCGGGCGGGAAGGAUGGUGUUUCUGUGGCCCGGGCGGCGGGUGCGGACCAGGAGCCAGGCUGAGGUUUGGCCGAAGCGACGUGUGCUCAGGAGCAGCCGGCGCGGGUGCCGCUGAGGCAGGCAGGACCGACUGACGGACGGACCGACGGAAGGCGACCCGAGAGCCGGCCCCGGGGCCGCGCCGUGGGCGAGAUGCCGGGGCCGCCGGCGUUGCUGCUGCCGUUGUUGCUCCUGGCCGCCGGCAGUGCGGGGGCCGCGCCACUUCCGCAAACAGGUGCAGGGGAGGCACCUGCUGCAGAAGUCUCAUCUUUUGUGAUCCUGUCUGUGUGCAGUUUACUGGUAUUAAUAGUGUUAAUUGCAAACUGUGUAUCCUGCUGUAAGGACCCGGAAAUAGACUUCAAGGAAUUUGAAGAUAAUUUUGACGAUGAGAUAGAUUUCACACCACCAGCAGAAGAUACCCCCUCUGUUCAGUCCCCGGCAGAAGUUUUCACACUUUCAGUACCAAAUAUCUCACUACCAGCUCCGUCCCAGCUCCAGCCUUCUGUAGACGGUUUGAAGUCUCAAGUUGCCCGCCAUAGUCUAAACUACAUACAGGAAAUUGGAAAUGGCUGGUUUGGAAAGGUCCUCCUUGGAGAGAUUUACACGGGCACUAGUGUAGCAAGAGUAAUAGUGAAGGAGUUAAAAGCAAGUGCAAGCCCAAAGGAACAAGAUACUUUUUUGAAAAAUGGAGAACCUUACUAUAUUCUUCAGCAUCCAAAUAUUCUUCAGUGUGUUGGACAGUGUGUAGAAGCAAUUCCCUAUCUUCUGGUGUUUGAGUUCUGUGACUUGGGUGACCUAAAAGCUUACCUGCGCAACGAGCAAGAGCACAUGAGGGGGGACUCGCAGACCAUGCUGCUGCAGCGGAUGGCCUGCGAGAUCGCAGCGGGCCUGGCUGCCAUGCACAAGCUGCAUUUCCUGCACAGUGACUUAGCCUUGCGGAACUGUUUUCUUACCUCGGACCUGAAUGUGAAAGUGGGAGAUUAUGGAAUAGGAUUCAGCAGGUACAAGGAGGAUUAUAUUGAAACAGAUGAUAAAAAAAUUUUCCCUCUGCGAUGGACUGCUCCAGAAUUAGUAACCAGCUUUCAAGACAGACUACUAACUGCAGAUCAAACGAAGUAUAGUAAUAUCUGGUCCCUGGGUGUGACACUUUGGGAGCUUUUUGAUAAUGCUGCUCAGCCUUAUUCCAGCCUUUCCAACUUAGAUGUUCUCAAUCAGGUGAUUCGAGAGAGAGACACAAAGCUCCCUAAGCCUCAGCUGGAGCAGCCUUAUUCUGAUAGAUGGUAUGAAGUUUUGCAAUUUUGCUGGCUGUCGCCAGACAAGAGACCAGCGGCCGAGGACGUGCAUAGGUUGCUCACCUACCUGCGGAUGCAAAGCCAAAGGGACUCAGAAGUUGACUUUGAACAACAGUGGAAUGCUCUUAAACCAAAUACAAAUAGCAGAGACACUUCAAGUAAUGCUGCCUUCCCAAUUCUCGACCAUUUUGCCAGGGAUCGGCUUGGUCGCGAGAUGGAGGAGGUCCUCACCGUGACUGAGACCAGCCAGGGCCUGAGCUUUGAGUAUGUCUGGGAGGCGGCUAAGCAUGACCACUUUGACGAGCACAGUCGGGGUGCCCCGGACGAAGCCUUGUCCUACACAAGCAUCUUCUUCCCAGUUGAAGUUUUUGAGAGUUCACUUUCAGAUCCUGGGCCGGGGAAACAAGACGACAGUGGCCAGGAUGUCCCCCGUGGGGCCCCUGGAGUGGUUCCUGUAUUUGAUGCCCACAACCUUUCUGUUGGAAGCGACUAUUAUAUCCAGUUGGAAGAAAAAAGUGGUAGCAACUUGGAGCUCGAUUACCCGCCCGCACUGCUCACAACCGAGAUGGAUAACCCAGAGAAGAUAAGUGAUGAGACGUCCCAGUUUCUGACACUCAAGAAUCUGGAAUUUGAGGAGUCCAGUACAGAUGAGGAUUUCUUCCAAAGCAGUACAGACCCCAAAGAUUCCAGCAUCCCCGAGGAUGUCCAUGCUCCCAGGGGCCCUGAGAGCCCCUUCAACAGUAUAUUUAAUGAUCUGGACAAAUCAGAUGGUCUGCCCAGGCACCAAAAAAUAUUUGACUUAAUGGAACUAAAUGGAGUUCAAACGGACUCGAAGCCGACCACUUUAAGUUCAAGUCUGGAUGCCUCCAGAGAGUCCGUAACAACGUGCCACUUUGAGAAAGAAAAGCCCCGUAAGCUUUUUGACUGUGAGCCUCUUUGCUUAUCAGAAAACAUUUUGCACCAGGAUAAUUUUGAUCCACUGACUGUUCAAGAAUUGUCAGAAAACUUUUUAUUUCUUCAAGAGAAGAACUUACUAAAAGACUCAUUGUCUAGCAAAGAACAUGUAAAUGAUCUCCAAACAGAACUUAAAAACGCUGGUGUCACUGAAACAAUGUUAGAAACUCCACGCAGAAGUUCUCUAGAUCCUGAGGUUAAGUUUGCUGAAAAUAAACCAGGCUUUUCUUUGUUGCAGGAAAACAUAAGCGCAAAAGGUAAAGACACAGGUGUCGUGUUCAAGGACAACAUUUUGAACACCUCAUCACAGUCUUCCCCGGAAGUGCAGGUCCCUCCUACCUCUCUCGAAACAGAAAGAACACCUCAUCACGUACCUCCAGAUAUGUUCCUGAAGCAGGGAGAACCCACAUGUUCAGAUGUCAGUGUCCAGGAAGACUGUCUCUACCAAGAAAUCAGUCCAGACUCUGUGGCCAUCACAGUUGUGAUCCCCUCAACUGAUGCCAAACCACACGGCAUUUGCGACAGGUCCCAUGACUUGACCCACCAAAGUCCAGAGGCCUUGAGACUGACCAAAAGUGACUCAGUUCUCGUUGAUGACCUUUUUGCCAAUAAGGUGAGUAUAGGAAGUAAUCUUCCAGAAUUGAGACAGAACUUACAAAACCAGCCCCUUUCAGAAGACCAUCACAGCAACAGUCUGCUGGAGAAAAACGUGGAAGCUGUGGAGACUUUGAGUCAGCUGCAUUGUAAAGAUGCUACAAAAGAGGGGGGCUUGGUGUCUGCCCUCUCCUCAGACUCAACCAGUCAAGACAGCCUUUUAGAAGACAGCUUGUCAACACCCAUUCCGACUUCAGAACAGUCUGUGGAGACCCCAGACUCUCUGGAUUCAGUGGAUGUCCAUGAAGUUUUAUUGGGUUCUUUAGGCUCUCAUGCGCCUCAGAAACUCCUGCCCCCUGAUAAGCCUGCGGACAGUGGCUACGAGACCGAGAACUUGGAGUCCCCCGAAUGGACUCUGCACCCUGCUUCCGACGGCACCGCAGCCUCAGAGACGGCCACAGUGGGUGACAGCGGUCAUAGCAGUUUGCCUCCCAACCCGGUCAUCAUCAUCUCAGACGCAGCCGAUGGCCACAGAGGUACAGAAGUGACCUCGCAGACAUUCGCACCUGGCCCUCAGAGCUCCUACCGAGACUCUGCUUACUUCUCAGAUAAUGACUCUGAGCCGGAUAAGAAGUCCGAGGGGGUCCCAGGACCCUCAGCUUCAGCCUUGGAAUUGGUAACGGAUCAGCCCCUGCCGGAGCCAGUCAUCCCAGAGCAAAGUCCUGGCACCAAGGACGGUUGCCGGGAAACCAGACCUGGCCAGCCAGACCAAACUUGUCUACCUGCGUCUCAAGAUUCCGAAAGUCACCUGGAGUUGAGAGAAAUGUCGGGACCGGCACCAGCUGAUGUUUCCCAGCAGACGCCUCCUCCUGAAGACGAGGCUGGCAGUCCCUUGAGUUUGUUGAAUUCCGAGCCAAGCAGCGGUGACGACUUCGAGGCACAAGAGGGGCGCCCCUGCACGCUCACCUCCACCGGCACCAACACCAAUGAGCUCCUCGCCUUUGCAAACGCCACCCUCUGUUCCGGCAGCGCGUCAGAGCUGACGGUGGAGAAGUCCCUGUGCGGCCACGCCGAGGGCCCCAAGUUGAAAGAGCCAGAUAUUGAAGGGAAAUACUUGGGGAAACUUGGUGCGUCGGGCAUGCUCGACCUCUCUGAGGACGGCAUUGAGGCAGACGAGGAAGACGAAAACAGUGACGACUCCGACGAGGACCUGCGGGCAUUCAAUCUGCACAGCCUCAGCUCCGAGUCAGAGGAUGAGACCGAGCACCCCGUGCCUGUGAUCCUCAGCAACGAGGAUGGGAAGCACUUACGGAGCCUGUUGAAAUCCUCGGCCACCGUUGCCGUUGAUCAGCUCCCCGAUGACUGGAAAAAAGAAAAGAAGGCAGUGACAUUUUUUGACGAUGUCACAGUCUAUCUGUUUGACCAGGAGACCCCAACCAAAGAGCUGGGGCACUGUGGAGGAGAUGCACGUGGCCCCGAGUUGAACAGCCCGGCACCUUCUUCAGGCUCUCCCUACCUGAGCAGGUGCAUCAAUUCGGAAAGCUCAACUGAUGAAGAAGGUGGAGGCUUUGAAUGGGAUGAUGACUUCUCCCCCGACCCUUUUAUGUCGAAGACAACAAGUAACCUUCUUAGUUCGAAGCCUUCUCUUCAGACAUCCAAGUACUUCUCACCGCCUCCACCGCCCCGGAGUGCGGAACAGAGCUGGCCCCACGCGCCGCCGUAUUCCAGAUUCUCCAUCUCUCCUGCCAACAUCGCCAGCUUUUCUCUCACACACCUUACUGACUCGGACAUUGAACAAGGAGGAAGCAGCGAAGACGGAGAAAAGGAUUAGGUGGACACGGAUGCGCUCCCAGGUCCCAGGCUGCUCCCCCAGGGCGGCAUUCCUGCACUGAGCCCAGCAGUGACAUCCCUCCACAUCGGCUGCAGUGGGCCCGGCCCAGGAGAGAGACUCAGGCAGCCGGGACGGAGCCGCGCUGGCUCCGUGCCCACGGCGGGCAGUCCGGCGGGGGAGGCCCUGGGCCGCUCUCACCCGCCCGAGGUCCUCGCGCCCUGGUCAUCCUUGGGGAGCGUCGACCCUGCCCUGGUGUGUGGGGAACUGUAGGCUCGGGGUUGUUUUCCAUGUGGGGUGUUCUCCGCCUCCACACUGUGCAUCCCUUCUGUGCGUGAGGGCCCAGAGGAGCACGAUGGGAAUGGGCACCAGUGAGCCGUAUUUAUUAUUUUUAAAGAAAUCACUAAUUGCUCUCUGUAAUUGCACUGUGGAUAAGUGUUCUAAGAGUACCUGAUAUUGUACAGAAUCGUAAAUUAUUCAAGGAAAAUAAGGCAGGUCAAGCUGGUGCUAUCCACUAGUUUGAUUUCUUUCUCUGUUUUAUAAUAAGUUUGUUUGCUUUGCAUGGUACUUGUAAAGUUUAAAUAUUUUGAGUGUUCUGCUGUCUAGAAUUGUUGGAAUUGUACAUAUGGUACUUUUUCGUAAAUGAUACAUGAUUCCGAAUGUUAGUGUUUUUUGUUCUUAUAGGAAAUAUUUUUGAUGAGUCCAAAAAGACUGCUUUGUUCUGUUGACCGAAUGAAACAUACGUUUGUCUCUUUCUAUAACGCAGGUUCCUUGUAGCAAGUGACGCUUUUCUGAGGAGCUGAAGGGUCUCGCAGCCCCUCUGUGUGAUUCUCUCACCCCGCUCCCCCAUUUUCUUAGACCCUUCGGUAAAACUUGACAGGUGGUUCCCCCCCAGAACUCCGCUUCGGGUCAGAACGUCCAGGUGUCUGUCCUGCCCCUCUCCCUGGGAGCCGCGCUCUGCUGUGGCCCCUGAGCCACCUCCCGUCACGCCGGCUCCUCUGCUUAGUGUUUGGAAGCACAGGCUGCUGGGCCUUCGGUGUCCCUGUAGCUCCUUCCUUCAGCCGGUGCCAAACUCUGAGGAGGAAGCUGCCCGCGCAGGGCUCUGGUUGCCGAGGACAGUCUGAGUUCGUUCUGUUGUACGCACUGGGUGUUGAGCUUUCAAAUAACGUCCAGAGUUUUUCCUGGAAUUUUCCUGGAAGAGCCAGUCUGCGUCACGGCCCGCGGCGGCCGGGCUCUCUAACCGAGGAGAUUCGCUACCUCCCGCAGCCGGGAGCAGGGACGCGAGACCACGGCGAGCCUGCGCAGCCAGCACGUCCUCCCGCUCGGGGCCUCCCACCCGGAUGCGGCCCUGGGACUCAUCUGCACUGACCCUCCCCUUCUGCUUAAGCACCACGUUCUCCCCUUGCCUUGAAAAGGACCGAGUGUGUCCAGCGCCACCUCCUAACGUUGCCAGGAGUUGGGU